AUGAGUUUUCCCUACGAACAACCUCCUUCCACAUCGUCAUUGGCUCUUAGGAUCCUCAAUCCUGACCUUCCGGAACAAGGUCAACCCAUGGUGGCCGGUGAAUAUGCAACCGAAGCACCUGCUCCGACCUAUUCAACCGGGUUAUUUAAAACUUCCCAGCAGCAGUUCCCAGGUGGUCAACGGGCGUUACCGGCUUAUGAAUCUGUCAUCCCACCACCACAAGAAACAGCUGUUCGUACUCUGGAGCACUCGACUAAUCAACUUAACACCGGAGAUGUCAACCGUGAGUGGGAUGAAGCCUACGGCGGCGGUCGUAUUUCAGGUUUUGUGCGCCAGAACUAUUCUUCAAAUGGCGCCGUCGACGAUUAUUAUAGUAAUGGAGAAGCGGCGCCGGGAAUCUCAGGCUAUGCUCAACGAGAUCAUUCGAACACCGGAUCAUCCGCUGUUGAUACGGAGUCCGAUGAACCACCGAAUGCCGCAUACAGUAUGACCGGAAACAAAUUCAAGAAUGCGUACAAGCUAUUGAAUCAGUUUGAUUAA